AUGAGAUGCACCAAAUUGCAGCUGCUGGCAAUUUGCACGCUGAGCAUUCUUCAGCUUACUUUUCUGUUCCAGCUGAAUGAUAGUGGUUACCGUUCCAGCACAUUGUCCUUUGCACCUUUCGAGUACCAUAAUGGUCGAGCUCGAACAUCCGAGUCAUCAAACAGAAAAUCGUUGCUAUCGGAUUACGAAAAUGUGUGGACGCUGGAUAAAGAAGAUUGUCAAUCAGCAGCUCGGGCUCCCAUGGUUAAGAAUCCACUCGAGAUGGACGAAAAUUCAUUUCAACCGAAACACCAAGCAUCAAGCAUUAUUGAAAAAGCCCAAGAAAUGCAGAGAGCACAAUAUAAUCGGUCCUCCUUCACUCAUUUUCGCAACAAUACGAGAUGGCAAGAGUGCCUUUCGGAGGCAUAUCACUCCAAAACUCCCCCAUCUUCUGAUGGCAAAAGUAGACUCAUUCAUAGAUUCUCGCAUUCCGAUAUGGACGUUGUGAUCCCCACAGCUCGGCUUACCUGCCUCAACCCGAUGGCGAUUCGAAAUCUCAAUUACUUUCAAGGACCAAGACGCAUAUUCAUCAUCACCCCUUUUGAUGUGUCACUUUGUAGCAUAUUUGAAGCGAUGGCCGAAAAUAUCGUUUGUAUUCCAGAAUCCAGCUUCGCCGGUCAUCUUUCGGUUGAGAAUGUCACAGAGAUGAUACCAGAAGAACUCAAAGCUGGAAAGAAAAGAGCCGGAUGGUAUUUUCAACAGUUCAUUAAACUUGGAGUUUCUCAAUGGAUUGACGACUUGAGCGAAUACUACAUUGUCUGGGACGGAGAUUUUAUCCCCAUCAACGGACGACCAUGGGUAUAUCAGAGGUCCAAUCAAACCUUCCUCUCAACGGACUUGGGCAUUGGUGGUGGCAACAAUAAUAUCCAUUUGAGUAUGUCGUGUUAUAAGCAAACCUACAUGAAUUUUUUUGGUAAUCCUGGCCACGUUGCACCGGAUGAAACAUCGCAUGUAGUGCAUCAAAUGGUGAUGCGCAAGAACGAGGUUAUUCAUAUGUUGGUAGAGAUGACUGCACGAAAGACAAACUACACCCGAGAUAACAACAUAUUGGGACCACCCGCGACUGUAUGGGCGGGUGCUAUCAUCGCAUCAGUUGUCGAAAGUUUCCAUUUACCGAUUCGGCAUAAGCGCAAGAGAUGCGACAAAGUCGGGUUUUCAGAAUACCAUUCCUAUGCUUCCUUUGUCCAUGACAUCUACGGCACAGCUGCUGUUUGUCAGAAUCCAACCAUAGCAUUUCAUCGAACAUGGGGACCCAUGAUGCCGCAACAAACAAGGAGAAGUAAAGAUACCAUCGGUGCCUGUUGUCCCACCGAAGAAUGGCUCUGUGAUAAAGUGCAACAACUUGGAGAAGAUAUAACAUAUGUUGGCGUAGAGCUGGGCCAAACAGACGGUGUAGAUACCUGUGGAUGGAAAAGCAACGACUCCCCAAUCUACCCUUGA